CAGCAAAGAUACUUUUUCCUCGAUUGCUUUGAUUGCUCUGCGGAGGUCGUAAGCGGAUAAUUGGCAAUAAAGUACCAGUUAUGUAUUUCUUUUUAUCUCAGAGUAUUCUUCCUGUCGUAUUUGCCGUACUAGUGGUAUUGAUUACUUGGUACCUAUGGCGAAGAAUGGUUAAGGGGCCAGGGUCGAAUUCUGGGGAAGAAACACACACAGUGACGGCAAAACAGAAGGUGAGUAUUUUAGUUGUGUUCACUGUCUAGGCUAUCGUCCUCUUUAUUUUCUUAUUAAUGAAGAUUUUAUGUGUACUUGCUCUUUCCCUCUGGCUUAUUUAUACGAAUUCUGAAUGAAAAACAAAUCGUUUCGAAAAAAUCCCCUUGGCUGCGAACAACCCUUAAACAAGAGAGCGAUGUCUGUUGUUUCGCUUUUUAACGAUCAAGUUUAAUGAAGAGGACUUUCUAAUUAUUUCCAUAUUUAUUUAUCGUGUUCUAAAAGUUAACCAGUUUAAAACCAUCUGUUUAAAAUUUUUUCCUGGCGAAAGUCGAAUUUCUACGUAGUAUAUGUCUCCUAUUCGUCAAAAAAAUUUGAGACAUGAAUGAAUGUGAAAUUAAAAUGAUGAUCCAGCGCAUGUGAUUUAAGCAGCUCGAUUCAAGUUCAAUUCCUGUAACUUUUUUAUUUCCAGCCGUAAAUUCUUCAAAAGGAUUGUAUUUCCUAACUCGUUAACCAUAAAGCAGAUGUUGUAUAUUUUUACUGUCAUAAAUAGAGUAUUGUGUGAGGAAAUGUCAAUCAUUUCAUCAUUGUUAUUGUAGCCGUCAAGAGUUUUUCAUGUCAUUAAAAUAUGUAGAUCAUUUUCCUAAGUGUAACAUUGGACUAGCUAUUAUUGAAACCUUGCUGUCAAACAGACGAACUCUUGCACUGUUCAUUAAAAAGCAGUAGGUAUGUGCAUCAUUUGCCCUGCUUUGAUUCUAAGAAUACUGUUGAACCUUGAUUAUUCAGAUUCAUGGGGACUGGUUGAACCAGUCCUGAUAAUAGAGAGUCUAGAUAACCAAUACUAUGAAUAUUGAAACAUAAAAUGAACCUGAAUAAUGUGAAAUAAAAUAUUUAUUAUUUAAUCUGUAUCAUGCAAGAAUUAAGGCAAAUUCUCAAAUCUUUCCAUGAAUUGUCAACAUUUGCUAAAAGUUUUAAUGAAAGGGAAUCAAGCUGACCAACACACUUAACAGUGACCUAACUUAUGCUUUGGCUAAUGAAAAAAAGAAGUAGCAGAUUUCGAAUGUGACUAAUCAAUAUUUAAUUUAAAAAUGGGACCAGAGAAACAAGUCCAGAUAAUCGAAAAAUUUGGAUAAUCCAAGGUCUGCAUAACUGAAGUUUGACCGUAAUACAGUUCCAUUGGAAAGCAUGCCUUUUGUCCACCAUUGCAAAAUACAGAAAUAUAGUAUGGCUUUUUACCACCACUACUUUCAAAGUUAUGAUUUUAGAAUUUCAAACUGCAUAAUGAAUAUGCUGUUAAAAGCUCUGUGAAUUUUUAAUCGUAAGAGUUUUGUUUUGUAUAAGUUUCUUAAGAGGGGGCAACUUAUGAAAAAGGUGAUUUAAAUGUGUUUGUCCCUCAGGUUUUAAAUAUGUCCCUUAAAUUAGCAUUAGACUUUAAGACUCCCUUGGGAAACUAAUUAAAACUGUUGUAUAAGGAGGUUAGUUUCCAAAAAAACUGUAGUGCUGCAGUGGUAGGGGUUGUCACAAGAUAAUUUGGCUUUAUCGACUGAGUUGCUAAUCUGAAGCUAACACUUUGACUGUUAGCCCUUCCCCAUUCACUCUGUUGAAGAGCUAACGUUCAGAAAGUCAACUUUAGAAACUUGUUAUGGUGGUUAAUUUACAUUAUCAACUCAGUUAAUAAAACCAAAAUAUCUGAGUAAAGCUUUGUUGUUUCCUGAUGGAAAUAUAGGAUGAUGAUAACAAUGAGGUGACAGUUGAGGAGGCUACAAAGUUUCUGGAAGGAGCAGGAAUUAUAAAGGCAAAAGAUAUUCAUUACCUCAGUGAGGAUGAAAAAGAGAAGAUUUGUAGAGAGUCUAGUGAACCCAUCUCAGAGGAGCCAGAAAAGAGAAAGGAGAAAGAAAUAACAAUGGCAGAUGCUUCCAACAUUCAGACUUACUACAAGUCAAGUCGAUUGGGUAUCAAAGAUAUUGAAAACCAAAUGACUGAAGAGGAAUUGGAUCAAGAAAAAGAGUGAGUGCCAAAAUAGAUUUUAAGUACUGUAAAUGGAUGUAUGUCUAUUGGAUACAAGACUAUUGUUUAAGCUAUUUAGCAUAGCUAAAUUAGUGAAGUUCAGAUCUAGCUAUUGUUGUUGUUGAUAUGCUGUCUACUAAGUUGUGUGUUGCAGAUUACAAACGACUACUACACUUUAGUCAGCUUUCUUGUCUUUCCAGUGUGUUCUAAUUUGUUCCUUGUGAUAUUUUCAUUCGCUCAGAUCAGCUUAAGUGUUUGCUUCCAUCUUAGUCUUACAACACCCAAUUAAAAAGCACUUUAAUGAGUUAACAUAUUUCUCAGGGUCAAAUGAGAACCUACAUGUCCAAUUUCAGUCCCAAUCAAAACUAGAACAAAAUUCUUGAAUGGGAAUUGUUAUCAUCAGCCUGAUUUGAGCACUAAUAGGACAGUGUGCCUGUCAUGCUUGUAAUUGGACAGUGUGAUAUGAUAGUUGACAAGUCAUGUCUAUGUAAGUGGACAGUGCACAUGUCAUGUGUAUGCACUGUCUUUGCACAUUUCAUUGAGUUAUCUGUCAUUCGUUUAUGAAAACGCAUCACUGACAUCUAGUUUCUCUCUUGAAUAUUGCUAUAGUUUUGAUUUGUAGGUAACAGGACUUUGUGUCAUCCAAUUCUUUCUGUAACGAUUCUUGUGAUUAACAAAGCAGGCGACCACAAAGAAGGAGUCCAAUUUGUUAAUCAGGAUUUUUUUCAUCACUGGUAUGAUUACAAAACAAAUUGGACUCCACUCAGUCCUAUUACUAUUAUUAAGUCACUGUUGGUAGUUUAGGUUAUGUAGUUGCUCGCUCCAAUUCUGUUUCAAUGGAGGUAGAUUUUUUUUUAUAAAGAUAGUUAUUCCUUCUCUUUGUAAUCUUCAAAGGAUGCAGAGGAAACAGCUGGAAGAGAUUUUCAAGCUGCUAGAAAAUGAUAAGGACAAGUAUGGUGUAACAACAAUGGAUGAUCUACAAGCACAGAUGAAGUUAUACACGAGAUAGUACUCUAAUAAUUAACUUGUUAUUUUGUGUAAAGAGAUCAGGAUAACUCAAGCAGUUGUUCUUAUUUUGAAGUCAUCAGUAUGUAAAAAUAAUUUAUUUGCAGGGUUGACUUAAUUACAUAAACUAAAGAGUAUGUUUUUUGUUUUUAUUUAUAUAUUUGUUAUUGUUUUACUUUUAUUAUUGGAACUAAAGGCUGUUUAAAACAGGUCAUUUUAAGGUUCUACACUAUGAAGGUAGAACUUAAAUGCAAUUUAAACUUUCUGAUAUUUAAGGAAUCCCUUUGUUUUAGAUAUUUAUUUUCAAUGCUUUAACAAAUCAUUGAACUCUCUUCUGAAUUUUUGCAUCUUAUUAAGUUAUUUCCUCCAGAGGCAAUCUUUGACUUCUACUUAACAAUUGGUUCAUAUGUCAGCAAGUGUUCAUCAAGAUAUGAAGCACGCGGGAAGUUUGGAGAGCAUGAAAGAUGCGUAAGAGUUGCUUGAGGCGUAG